AUGUCAAAUGCUCCCUCACAGAGUCCAUGUUUAUCAAAACCUUGUUGGAAUAACAGCAGCUGUCGAGCCUUGUAUCAACUGAAUGAUUUCUGGUGUGAGUGUCAAGCAAAUUACUCUGGAAAAUAUUGUGGUAAGUGUGAUUAAGUAAGCCGGUAGAAGCCACAACACUAAACCAUCCAGUCGUCAAAAUAUAUUUCAAAUAUUAAAAGUGGUAGGAAAUUAGGACGAUUUUAAACACACCGUUCAAAGCUUUUACAUUUAGUACGUUGUAAUUCAAUGAUAUAGAAUGUAAUUGUCUGAUAUGGUGUAAAUGAUAAUUACUACAUAGCUAUAACAGUGAGAAGCCCGCUGACUUGAACGUACUGCUUGUUUUUGGGAGUAUGUAUCCAUAGUGACGGUUCAUAUAGCGAAAAUCGAAUGUUUUACCGUUCCUAUGGCAACUGUAUCAAAGUGACAUGUUGAUCAAUUACAUCAUGGAGCUCAACCAAUGAGGAGCCGUCUUACGUUUUAGAGGUACGCUGUUGUGUUGGUAACAAUCAACCAUAUUGUCGUCAAUUUUUCCUUCCUAUAGAGAAAUGGCUUGUCGAAAUACCGGGAGAUGUUUGCAUGUAUGGGAAAGGCGAUAAGCCAGGGGUGUUUUUCACACCAAUGGCCGGUAAAAUCUACUCUAUCAGGUUGGUACAUAUUUCUGGUAAGGUGAGCUGCACACCUGAAGAUGAAAGUAACUGGGGUUAUGGUUCCUUCAUCGACACAAUUCUAACAGAUAAGGACGACCACGUUGUUUUCCCAGAAGAUCACAUAGCUAAUUAUUACGAGCUUCCUGGAUUCACAGGCAACUCUUCUGAGCUGGUCUUAACAUUUACUUCUCCAUUGGUGGUGACCGCUGGUCAAGAAUAUCGGCUGUGGUAUUGGGAAGACCUCGUCAACGAUACCGAAGAAGACAACAAGCCUGGACCAUCCUGCAUGAAAGUCAUUUUAUCUUUUUAG